CCACGCGAGCGCGAGUGAGUUAGUCGGCCUCUACCUUAACGUAGCGCACAUUAUACCCGAGUGACUGGGGCAUUUGCCUACUUUAACCGUCACGUGCCACGCUAUAAAACAACUUGUAUUCAACUCUUUUGUGACCUUCGGCUUGUCCUUCAUUAUACUUAUCAUUUCUCAAACUAAUCGUAAACUUAUUCUGUAGUUUCAUGAUGUGACAACGUAAUAGAAUGUUGUUGACUAUUUUACGCAGCACAUAAUUCAACAAAAAAUGAAUCAGUGUUCAAAGUUUUCAAGUGUUUUAACAAUAUUACGAUUUUGGUGAUCGCGAGAAUACAAGUACCCUGUGGAAUUCGUGUUACUACUGAGCGCCAUCGAACGAAAGUUAUAAAUAGUUCACUCGAUUAAAAUUCCGUGUGAUGGAAUAAAGGCUAUGAGUAUAAUUCAUGGCAGAUAUCACCCAUGUUUAUGUUGGACUUUAAAUUGAUCGAAGCAAAAUGAUUAUGGGCUGGAGUUUACUGGCAUCUCUAAUGACCAGCGUCUUAUUAGUAGCUUCCAACGAAACCGCAGAUAUUGAAGAUUUAGGCGGCCCCGUUUUCACUACCCCAAAUAAAUCCGAAAUAAUUCUACAAGCUGGUCAAAAUUACACUCUUCUAUGUAGAGCGAAUCGUCCAGUAACAAUAAAGCAGCAAGAUAUACCCGAGGAAGUAACAAGUAAUUUUAAAACCGUAAUGCAGUAUGGAAAUGUGAAUGAAGACUUAAAUAAAUAUGAAGUGGCCUUGAAUUUAUAUAAUGUAGACCACUCGGCUGUGGGUUACUAUGGCUGUUUUGACAGUACGAUGGACAGCCAGCAAGUGCUCAAAGAAAUUGACAAAGAACCCUCGAAUACAAAACACAUAUCUUACGUUUACGUCUACGUCAAUGGCACAACAUGGUUCGCACCAAUGAAGGAGUUUAUAGUACCAAAAAGUUCAACAAAUAUUGUAAUUGAAUGUAAACCUUCAUCACCUGACAUCAACGUAACAUUAACUAUGGGAAAAAUGGGCACUACGAACGUUAAGUAUGAGGGGUAUAAUCCUAAAGUCGGGUUCAUCAUCAGUAACAAUAUUCUUCCGGACACUUUAAAUGAUUUGAUAUGUGAAUAUCGGAGACACACCAAUUUCCAAAGCACAAAUCUUACUGUAGUAAAACAUGUGAUGAUUCCACCACCACAGCCUCAAAUAACGAGUGGGUCUAAAUAUUUCUUGGAAGGCGAAACAUUUUCACUCAAUUGUUCUGUACCCAAACAAAGAAAUUCUGCUAUGGAAUUGAAAUGGACAAUUCCGGGUUUUAUGAGCAAGGUGGAAAAUCACUCAAAUACUAACAUGCAAGACGAAAGACUUAUUUGGUAUAACAAUUACACAAUCUAUAAUGCAAGCAGAGAAGAUGCCGGCAAUUACACUUGUACGUCAAAGAACGUACUUUAUGAACAAAGCCAAAGCUUCUGGAAGGAAUACCUGGAGGAAGCUGUUAUAGAUUGGAAGCCGCAGAAAACAGAUUUGAAAUAUAACUUACUUCACACAAAAAUGGCGAGGAUAGCUAUUGAUAUACAAAAAGCAUAUCCUAAACCGACUUACAACUUCUACAAAAACAAUGCCCCAUUGCCUAAUGUGCCCGGCAAAUACGUAACAUCCAUAAAGGACGACAUUGUCGUGUUCGCCAUCAAGAACCUGAGCGUCGCAGAUUCCGAUAACUACACCAUCGAAGCCACCAAUAACAAAGUUACAAAGUCUCUCACUUUUGAUGUCCGUUUAAGAGGUGCUCCUAAAAUAAUCCCAGAACCUGACAAAACAGUAAUGCUGCACUCAUUAGUAAGUCUGAUUUGCGAAGUAAUCGCAUAUCCUUUACCCAAUAUAGAUUGGAUUUUCACGGAUGAAUUUAAUAAUGAAACUUAUAUCAAAAGCCUGCAAAUAGACCGCGUAGAUAAAAUUUACAAGAUCACGUCUGAACUAAAGAUAGAGGCACGUCUUUCUGGAAAUAUAACUUGCAAGGCGACUAAUGAGUACGGUAGUGACAAUUCUACGCGACAAUUCUUCGUUCAAGAGAUGCCUGGAGGUUUUGGCAUAGAAAAUGCUAAUCAUACUUGGUACCCUGAAAAUGAAAAUGUUGAGAUUAGAUGUCUGGCUUCUGUCUAUGAUUUUGAUAACAAUUUGACAUGGUUCAGAAAUGAUGAACCUCUUAUUGACAAUGUGGAGUACUCCAAGAAUCCAUUCUCAUACAUUGCAACGUUGAAUUUAAGCAAUAUUCAGCUCAACCAGGCGGGGAGGUACACUUGCAAAGCAACAAGAAUUGAUGGAAUUGAUGAGAGUGAAGAAAUUGAAGUCAUCGUAUCUGCGCUUCAGCCACCUGCAAUUGAAGAACCACAAGAGCAAGUGGAAGAAGUAUUUCCAUUUCAAUUAUUCAACUUCUCUUGCAAUGCAACUGCUAUUCCGCCUCCUCACAUAGAAUGGUAUAAGGAUCAAGAAAGAUUGAUACCAGACGAAAAGUUAAUGAUAAUUGAUAAUCGUCCUACUAAGAGUACAUUGACUUCAACACUUAAAAUUGCAUCAAUGAGUGAAGAACUUGCAGGAAAAUACGAAUGUAGAGUACUAAGCAACGGUGAAAUGCGCAGCAAAUUUUAUACACUAGCUGUAAAUGAAAAAUUUACAAAUAAAACAACGUAUCUAAUAGUGAUAGGAGUGAUAUUUUUCUUACUCAUCCUAUUAGUAGCGUAUCUCACAUGGAAGAUAAAGAAAGAGAAGCAAUUCCGAAAGGAACUAGCUGCGGCUGGACUUUUGUACUUCAAGGAAGGAGUCAAGAAGUCUAUUAAUCCAGACUUGGGUAUUGAUGAGCAAGCUGAACUUUUGCCCUACGACGAUAAGUUUGAAUUUCCCUCAGAUAAACUAGUUUUAGGUAAGCAAUUAGGAGCCGGAGCAUUCGGUGUCGUAUAUAAAGCUGAAGCAAGAGGCAUUAUCAACGCUGAGGAGACCACCACAGUCGCUGUGAAGAUGGUGAAGAAGACAGCUGACAACAUGUAUAUAAAGGCGCUCGCUUCUGAGCUGAAGAUUAUGGUACAUUUGGGAAAACACAUCAAUAUCGUCAAUUUGUUGGGCGCGUGUACCAAGAACGUUGGAAAACGCGAGCUGAUCGUGAUAGUCGAGUACUGCAAAUUUGGGAACAUACACAACUAUCUUCAGAAACAUCGCGAGGUCUUUGUAGAUCAGUUGAACGAGAACUCUGAGAAAACUGUCGGUAAAGUCAACAGAGGUUUUUCCUGUAGCAGUGGGAACAGCGGAAAUCAUUCGGACUACUUCGGUUCGAAUCACACUCAGGACACAGACCAUACUUUUUUGAACACAGCUACUACCAACAGAUCCUGCCGAAAAGAUAAUCAUAACAAGCAAGUGGAGUUGGUAAAAGUAUCAGAGAGCGGGUAUGUUCAGCCGGAAUGGCGGUCGAACUACGAGAGCGACUACAGCUUCGAUGGGAGGAGUCCAAGACCGCUGUGCUCACGCGACUUGCUUGCUUGGGCCUUCCAAAUUGCAAGGGGCAUGGAGUAUCUUGCUAGCAGAAAGGUGUUACACGGGGACUUGGCAGCACGAAACAUACUGUUAGCCGACGACAAUGUCGUAAAAAUCUGCGACUUUGGCUUAGCCAGAAGCAUUUACAAGAACGAUGAGUACCAAAAGAAGGAAAAUAGUCCACUACCAGUGAAAUGGCUGGCCAUCGAAUGCAUGACCGACAGGAUCUUCUCGACACAGUCGGAUGUCUGGUCCUUCGGUAUCGUACUCUGGGAGCUCUUUUCGUUAGCCAAGACACCAUACCCGAACAUUAGUCCGCCUAGUUUAUUGCAGUGGCUCUCGGAAGGGAAUCGCCUGGAAAAACCUGUUUAUGCGGACGAUAAGUUGUAUGACGUGAUGAAGAGCUGCUGGAACCAGAAGCCAACGGCACGACCUUCCUUUACUAAGCUGCAAGAGACUCUUGGUUCGUUUCUCGAAGACCAUGUCAGAAAUCACUACGUGGACCUGAACGCGAUGUACGUGGACAUGAACAGUAAACGGGAGACCGAGGAUUACCUGGCUAUGGUCUCCGCGCCGGAUUACAAUAACCUCGUGACCCCCAGCCCGCAUCAUUACGUCAACGAUUAUGUCAACUUCUUUCCAACGGCACCGCAGCCUUUGCAACACGACGACGAGGGUUACUUACCAAUGAGCCCAGUGAAACAAAGCGUAUUCAACGCACGCGUUCAAGGUACCAAAUUCGAUUUCGACGCUCGAAAAUUGUCCCCGAGAGCUUCUGAGGCGAAUAGUUACGGAUCAGAGUCUACACCUAUGUUGACUUUAAACAAUCUGCCGAGAAGUGGAUCGGAAUCCGAUCACGAGGGCAGCAGCUCGCCUUACAUGAACAUGUGUCCGCGUAUAGAGGAAGAAUCUGACGAAGUAUUUGAAAUGAAACAGAAUAAUGCUAGAAAUACGCAACCCAGUGCAGCAGUGACGAAUCCCACUUAUAUUACUUUUACAUCAGAAGACGAGAAGAAACCUCAGAAUUUCUCCAAUACUUACAUUAAUGUCAACAACGUACCGAAUGGUCUAGUCAAAUGAAUGUCUUAUCGUGUUAACAGUAAUUUUAAAUUUAAUAAUCUAUUAGAUUUUAUUAUUGAUCUCUUUAUCUGCUUUUGAAUUACCAAGACGACGUGUCACUGACGUCCUACAUUUACGUAUUGAAAUAAUAAUUGUUGUAUUUAAUGUCAAUGUAAGAAAAAGACCACAGUUCAUAAUUAUGUCCAGUAUAUUUUAGUAAAAUACUUUUUUCAUAAAACUAUAGAAAAUACUACGAUGAAAAUAAAAAAAAAUGAAUUACAGGUGUAUUGGAAAUGGAAGUCAAGAGUCGAUGGUUUGUUUGAAAGAGCAGAUAUACGCGCUUUAGAUCCUAAAAACAAUUUCAUUUCCCAUUUGUAGCAAUCCAGAACUAUUGCAGCAAAUGGUAUAUGUACAGUAGAGUUACUGGUUCAGUUAUAUCAAAUAUUGGUAAAACAUUGUGUUAUGUAGUUACACACACAAAGUUAGACCAUGUUGUUUUACACAUUUGUUCAAAUAAACUAAGCAAAUUAAUUGAAAUUUUGCAGCUAUGUGCUAAUUAGUAAUUUUACUGUAUUUAGAGAUGUGUUAUUUUUGUUAAAAAUGGUGUUUUAACAUGAAUGCUCUUGCUACUAAAGAAUACGUACCAUUUAUAUUUUACGAACCCCACCAUUUAAUUUUAUUGUAAAUAUAAGAGAGGCCUUUUUAUUUCAUUAUUAUUUUCAUAGCACCCGCAGUUCAAGUGCAUUCCCUUUUGUAUUUUAUGUGAAAAUUUGGUUUUGUGCUAGAAAUAUUUUACGCGAAAAGAGAACGAGGAUAGAUUUUUAUUUUUUUACCUUAUUAACUCACAUGUAAUUUUUAUAUACCUAUUUAAGAAUAGUCGCGUUUUGUUUUGUACAUAAGUACAAAUUAUUACUUUACACUCGGGGGAUCUCCUAAUUCUGACUUGAAUCAAGUUACUUUCGCUUCCACUAUAAACUAUAUUAUAAUUAAUCAAAAUAAAUGUUUAUUAUAGCUUAUUGUUUACUUUUUGUUUUUAUUGUAUUUACAACGUCUAGUCUGUUGUAAGCGGUAAUGUAAAUUUCUGGAUUGUUGUUAUUAUUGUUUGCAAAUAAGAAUGCAUUGAAGUCAUGAAUUAUACAGGGUGUUUCGAAUGAUAUAUUUUAUUAAUACCUACUAGAUUCUUGACACAGAUAUUGAAUAUUUUAAUUAAUGGUGUACUUGUGUAU